GACCCCUCCCACAACCUGCCCUGCAGCUCGGGGGCUGCAGCCGGGGACCCCCGGAGCCCCGAGUGCCGGCAGCAGCAGAUCCCCCCGGGAGCCCAUCAAUGCUGACACCCCAACCCCGCCAGCCCAAGCCCCUGUUCGGCCCCGCAGCCCCCUCCCACAGCCUCCCCAAGUGUGCUCACAGCAGGUGAGAAGUAAACGCACAGGUGAGGGAUCAGCUGCAGCCGCCCCUCCCCGAGUACCAUGCUGGGCACGGGUCCGGUGCACGGCUCCUUGUGCCCCCAGCAGAGCUCAGCCUGCAGUGAGGACUCGGCGUCAUCCAGCGAUGCCGGUUGCCGGAGCUCGGAGGAUGCGCGUUCUGCCAGCCCUGCUCAGGACACACAGGUGCAGGCCCUGCCCGCUGCCCCACCCGACCCAUAGACUCGGGUGCCUCACUGUGAGAUCUGCCACUCUGCAGGACCCCCAGCCCGGCGAGGUGGAAGGCUGCUGCCAUCCUGCACAACGCUGCUGCAAGAGGAAGCUCUCUGCCUUUGCACCGGAGGGGUCUGGCACGGGGGAGCAGCCCGUGGCCCCCAGCCCCGUAUACCGGCUGGUGCUGGCAGGGGACAGCUGUGCAGGCAAGUCCAGCUUCCUGCUGCGCCUCUGCAGAAACGAGUUCAGAGGUGACAUCUCCUCCACGUUAGGGGUGGACUUCCAGGUGAAGGAGCUGCUGGUGGAUGGGGAGCAAACCACACUGCAGAUCUGGGACACUGCCGGGCAGGAGAGGUACCGCAGCAUCUCCCGCUCCUACUUCCGUAAGGCCCACGGCGUGCUGCUCCUGUACGACAUCAGCUCCCAGAGCAGCUUCCUCAGCGUCCGCCAGUGGAUUGAGGACAUCGAGGGCGCCGGGACUGCACUGCCGCUCAUGCUGGUGGGUAAUAAGAGCGACCUGCGGGCCGCGCUGCCAGAGACGGCGGGGGUCCACACGGCCCACGGACAGAGGCUGGCCACGGUGAGUAGCUGCUGCUGGGGGUGA